UUCAAAUUUAUUUAAUCAAUAAUCAAUCGCAAAAACACCAACAAGACACCAUUGAAUAGAAAGUUUUAGUAUUCCAUUUAUUUUUGAGAAUGAAUAAGGCAAAUAACUUAAAAGAUUUCAAAGAAAAUGAAGAAUUAUUGCGCAAAGAAGCAAAAAAGUUAAGAAUAAUGAAGAAGAGUGACUUAAACAAAAGGGAAACACACCUGUUUAUGUUUGAAAAAAAUCUCACAACAAUUCCUAAAACUAGGCAUCCCACACAUGUGAUAUACGCAUACUAUCACAAUAAUUACUUAUACAAAAUUGAGAACCUGAAUGAAAUGUACAAUUUGACGCAUCUACAUUUACAAUGGAAUAGAAUAUCUAAAAUCGAGGGUUUGGACAAACUAACAAAACUGAAGAAGCUGUACCUUGGCAGUAAUUGUAUCUGCGUUGUUGAAAAUAUGACGGGUUUAAAAUAUUUAGAAGAAUUUCAUAUUGAAAAGCAAAAUUCAGACGGACCGGACGCGUUAUGCUUUGAUCCAAGAACUAUGCUGGCUAUUGGUACCACGUUGAAGAUUUUAAACGUCUCAGAAAAUAAGCUAACGGAUAUGGCGUGGGUAAAGCCGUUACGAUGUCUGGAAGUUUUAAAUGCAUCGAAAAACAGACUCGAAGAUGUUCAGGCAACUGCGGACGAUCUUUGCACCCUAAUUUGUUUGGUUGACGCAAACUUUACUGGUAACCCCAUGACAAAGAAACAUAGAUAUAAAGAACUGAUUAUUGCACGAUGUGCCCAAUUACGCAUUCUCGACACCGUAGCGAUCCACUCUACAUCAAAAACUUUCCUACGAAGCUUUGACAAAGCUGUGCGAUUACGUCAAAUGAACUUUCGGAACAAGAUAGAUAUGUCCAAACAAGGCGUGGAAGAUUUCUUUGAUCUCAAUAUGAUGAGAGGUUCUACGCAAAGUGCUAUUACUAUGGGAGAACAACCAAAAGGACAUCCUAGACUUACAAUUAUUGAUUCAACCUACGGCUUUAUGCCUCGACCGUUGUUACGGGCUCAGCCAAUACCGCGCGAGAGUUUCGUACCUCAAAACUUCAGUAAUAAGAAAGUACCGGUAGCAAUGACACCAAAUGGCUUAGCCGAUGGAAUAACAAAGGAUCACAAUGGUGUAGAAUAUUUUGUGACGCCAUAUGAAGUGGACAUGCCUAUGGGAGAAUUCCUGGAUAUGCUGGAAAAUAAAAGUGAAAACAUAAUACCAUAUAUUCAACGUCAGAAUUCCAAUUUGACAGAAGACUUUCCAGAAUUAAUACAAGAUGUGGUUCCUGACAUAGACUUUGCUACAGAAGCAUUCAAUAAAAAACCUGACGCUGUUAAUUUUUGGAUGGGGGAUGAGAGAGCUGUCACUUCUAUGCACAAAGAUCCAUACGAGAACAUUUACUGUGUGAUCGAUGGAUACAAAGACUUCAUACUAAUUCCUCCCACGGAUUUACCCUAUGUACCAUACAAACAAUACCCACAAGCUGAAUUCAAAAGAAUGGAUAAUAAAUGGCACAUACAACCACUUAUCUUAAAAGAUUCUGACAUCAAAGAGAGUAAAGAGGAGUUAAGUAUAGACAAAUCGGAUCAAACAAUACCAUGGAUAUGUAUUGAUCCUUUAAAUCCGGACUUAUCAAGGUACCCGAGGUUCGGUAAGGCUCAUUUAUACAGGGUGCGUGUGCGCAAGGGUGACUGCCUGUAUCUCCCCAGCCUGUGGUACCACCACGUGGCGCAGAGCCACGGCUGCCUCGCCGUCAAUUACUGGUACGACAUGGAGUUCGAUCUUAAAUAUUGUUAUUAUAAAAUGCUAGAAGCAUUAUGUAGUAAAUACUAAGUUUCUUAAUCAAAUUUUGAAUGCAAAAAAAAAUAAAAUAAAGCGUAGAUGUAGUGAAUAUAUCUUUAAACUGUCGUGGUUUUUACAAAUAUAAUGUUCGUAAGAUACGGGUUUCUUAGAACGAUUGGAUAUUUUUAUCUUUUGGAUUAUUUCGUAAGAACGAACAUUAUAAAAUGAAACUGUAAUUUUUUGUAAUUCCAUUGUAAAUAAUGCCUGGUAAAGUGCGGUUAUUUAAUUUAUAAGUUUCUUUUUGUAUUUCGCGAUUUGUAAAUAUGUAUAAAAAACAAUAAAUGAGCUAUUUGUACGGCACUUGUU